GGCCCUUUGCUGCGGACCGGUGGCGCCCGGCGCGCUGUCAUAAACACAACACACACACAAAGGAGUCAAAAGAGGAGCCUAGAGACAUGCAACUGUGUGCAACUGGCCCUCGACCACCUCUCUGCGGAACUGUCUAGUUAAUUUGAUGUGUGAAGUGUAGUGGGUUAGUUACCAUGGAAUCAAGACUUUGGAAUUUGGUUGACGAAUGCCAGUCCUUGAAGAGUGCACAGAGAAAAAAAGCUGUCGCUGAACUAUCAGAAAUAUUGUUCAAUCCGGAUGUUGUCCAAUUGCUACACAGAAACUCAAAUUCGGACCGAGUGAAUUGGAGUGUGUUGUUUAAUGUCACAUUCGGAGCUCUCAAAUCAGAAUCUGAGUGCUGGAAAAAUGAUGAGGGAAAAGGUUCAGCACAAGUUCAAACUAACAGAGAAAAGUCCAAGACACAGUUUUCAGGUCUUAUCAUUAAAGUAUUGAAGAAGGCUAAUGAGUUCAGCCCUACCCUCAACAGUGAUGAUGUGCUAGGAGCUUGUGUCUAUGUACUUUCAGAUCUAUAUUUACGAAGAAACUUUGGGACAUCUUUCAGUGCCAUAAUCCAAGACUACGUCCUACCAGUCAGAAAGUAUCGAACCAAACUAAGGAACGAUCAGUGGGAGGAUCUCCUAGACUGUGUUCUAGAUCACUUAAAAUGUAUUGCAGAGGAACGGAAUAGCGGUGCUUUGCACUCUGAGUGUGAUUUAGUGAAGAAAGUGAUUCACUAUGGUUGCAAACAGUCCCACCUGUGUAUCCAAGUGAAAAACAAGCUGCUCCCAUUUCUACGGGAAAAGUUUGAUGCCAUAUAUGAUGGUAACCCAGCUGCUCAAGAAGCAUUAUUAUCUCUUGCACUCUGUGUUUGUACUAUUGUGGCAAAAGAAACUCGCUCAGGCGUAUGUCAAUUAGGCGAAUCCAUUCUAGCUUCUGUUAUCAGGAUGUUUGAUUCAAAGCUAGGGGAUAAAAGUCCCAGAAACAAAGUGGUAGUAGACUUCCUGCUCUUUCAAAUGCAGUGUCAUCACCCUAAUGGAGCUCGACAAGGUUCAGAUGCUGCAUAUGCAUGCAACUGGAAUAGAUGGAAUGAUCACUUGAAUAGCAUGUAUCGUGCUGUCUUUGGUAUGAUUUCAAGAAGAUCCAAAGGUCUGGGUUAUUCUCCAUUUUCUGAUGGAUUUCUAGACCUUUCUGUGGCACUUUGCUAUCAAUUAUUUGAUAAAUCAAAAUUGGCAUAUGAAAUAUCACUGUCCAUCAUCGAAACCCAACAGGGUCCAGCUGCCAAAAAGAGGAAAUGCCUGAUUAGUGUGGAAGAAAUUUUUGAUGAACUCCAGUCCUGCCGAAAGAACCCAUCCUGGGCAUUGAUUUCUUUUGUGUCAAGAAUUUUAGAGAAACACCCAGAUAUAUUUCAAGAUUGUGAGCUUCUAAAACUUCUUGAUAUUUUAUGUGAUAUGCUUUUCAAUUGCAACAACAAAGAGCCUUUGACUCACAUUCACUCCUGUUGCGAACAUUUAAGUAAGGUGAUGUCUGAAAGAAAUUUGGAAACAGAUAAGUGGUUGAGAGUGUGGGACAAAAUUUCAAAGUCCCCAGGGUCAAAUGAAAGUGGCUGUCUCCUAAGAAGACUUAUUGCUGGAGGAGUACCUUCCAUUUCAGACCUAGAGCAACUUAUACGGAUGUAUGUAAAAUCUUCGAUUCAACUGUCUAAUGAUAGCUUGCAGACAUUGAUAACUUUACUAUCGUUCUAUCAUCUACCAGAGAAUUCUGGCGGUUGCGAUGACAGUAACAUGUUUGCAAUGUGGGAAUUUAUACCCAUGAGUUCUGCUCGUGUGGGUCUCCUGAGAUGGCUGUGUUCAGCCCAACGAAAUGUUGCAAUCGACACACAGCUACAGGCUCAAAUCUUGUCAAUUCUUGUUGUAAAAACAAAACAUGAUCCAUCGAAACUAAAAUCUGGGAAGGCUACUACCUGCAUUCAGCUGAAACAAUCAUCAUUGGAAACAGAUUACUGUUUGAAUGUUUUUGAAAGUGGCCUUCUUCAACCACCAAAUAAAGGUGGUUCAGUCUUUGAUCAUACUGUGUCCUCAAAUUAUAUUUCUUCUUGUAUUGUGGAUAAAUCGUCUCUGAAACUUUUAGAAGACUUGAUGAGAGAUAAGUAUUUUUCACUGCAUCAAAAGUUUACUGAUCUUGCUUCAUCAACACAACGGACAAUAGAUUCCUGGAAGUUAAAAGUUGAGUUAAGCUGUGGCACAAUAGAUUUUGCCCGCCUUAUGGUAAAUCUUAUGUCCCUUCUGAUGGAGUAUGGUGUCUUUUCUGAAGAGUCUUUCUCUGACAGCUACUUUGAUGAUGGAUUUAAGGAAGCCAUGAAAAUCCUCAAGGCUCUACUGCCUGAUAUUUUGAAAGCAGAAAAUGGCCAAAUUUCUGAAAUAUCUAAAACAUAUGAUGUGUUAAAAUCACUGUGUUUGCUCUAUGGCAGUGACUUAUUGCCUCCUGUAAGCUCUCAUCUGUGUGAAGAAACGCAUCCGGAAAUUAUCGUGCCGAUUGUGGACUUAUUGUCUUCCAACUUACAACAUGAUGGCACUAAUAUAUCCAGUACCUUUUCAUCUACCAUUUUAGAAGAUACUGUUCUUACUGAUGUCGAUCUCAUCAAAGAUCGUUGCCUUAGAGUUCUCACUCUUUAUGCCUUUCCAGUUAAUGGGAUCAAGUUUAUAAGCAAACAAAAAAGUGUAAGCACUAGAGUACUUGAAAUUUUAUCUGAUUCUGAAAUUUUUAACUUAGCCUCAGAAGCCGAAUUUAUGAUGAUUCAUCAAAGCCUGUCCAUUAUGUUAACCCAAAAGCGAUUGGAUCAAGAAAAGCAUGUGAAAAAAAUUCUUGAAUUCAUGCAAAAGUUAUGUAAGACCUGGUCUAAAGAUGCAGAGGCCUCUUGUUAUGUGCUGUCUCACCUGAAAGAUGUCUUUAAAUAUGUUUCUGGUAAAUGGGAAAGAUGUGCUAGUGCAACACUCCUUGCUCCUUUCAAGAACAAACAAUAUGGCCCAGAGUUUACAGUUCAGUUCAUAUCAUGUAUUGAAGAGCUGCUGAGAGUUGAUGAGGACUCCAAAUGGGCAAAAUGGCUCACUUCCAAUGUUUCUAGUCUAAGACAGAUUGUUGAUGUCCAGAUCCCUAAAGCUGCCCUUCAAACAUUUGAAGAUGAAAAUCGUGUGGCUAUAGUCGAAGAAGCAAUCUUCUUCCUCUUGAACCCUUUUCAUGAAGUCCGCCUAGCAGUUGUGCCAAGUGUUGUGGGUCUUUUGGCUGGACUUCAUCACACCACCCCUUGGAUGCAGACCAUGUUUGAGAGAUUGUCUGUUGUGUUACGCCAGCUAUUAAUUAUUGAGGAAGGAAAUAUUUAUCAGGCAGAUGAGAUCUCUAAUCGCACUGCUGUUGUUUUACAUGUUUUGGUUGCUGUCAUUGCGACAAGUGUGAAAUGUUAUGACCAAGCUAUUCUUCUUGUUCUAUGCCUAGUGAAAGAAAAGAAAGUUAAAUUGGAUUUGGUUAUCAAGGUGUUUGGUUUGCUUGAGAAGGCUAUGAAACUCAAAUGUGUUAAGAGUUUCUUUGGAAAAUCUCUUGCCUAUCUUUUGCAGAAAUGGCUGUCUUUGGGCUUUGAAUUGAAGCAUUUCCCUUUUGCUGUAUUUAAGGUUCCUUCUUUUACCGAUUUCCUUAAUCACUAUAAAGGUAUCAUUUUACCUGUUGUUUGUAAAUGCAAUGAUCAGCAACGUCACUUUACUGCCAUAUGUCAAGAAAUUCAUUCAGAUCCCUCGGAAGUUCUGGCGGCGGCUUUCCCUUCCAUAUAUGCUCACUAUCUACCCUGUUUGGCUGACAGUGCUGUUAGUGAACACAGAAGUCAUAACUUGUUAACUUCCACACUAGGGUUAGAUAGAGUCAAGGAUCUUGCAUUGGCCAAAAUUGAGGAUAUUCUUAUUGAACUAACAAAGCUUGUGUGGGAUCCUCCUCGUCAUGAGGUAAUGCUUGGACUGGAUCCUAAAUCUACUCCACCCAGGCCUCCCUACAUAUCACAAGAUGAUUUCACAUCUUCCUUAAAAUACUUGCAGAAAGUUUUCCAGCUUGAAGUUGAUUUGUUGGUGCACAUUGGUCGCAAGUCACCAAUCAUUUUCCAAAAAGUUCUCCUAAAACUACGUGAAGAUUUGGUUAAUACAAUUCCUCUAGAUCAGAGCAUAAAAGCCCUUCACAGCUACACUAUGUUUGCUCAAGCAAUUGCUUUUCAUUUGCAAAGUGGGGAAUAUCGUGAUUUGGAGUUUUUUGUAUUAAGUGAUGUAACUUAUACUUUACUGUAUUUGAUUCGUGAGAACAGGCAGGACCCUCUGAAACAUGAUGUGUGCAUUGGCUCUUGCAGUUUCCUGCACGUCCUGUACCAACAGCUCUUACCUGAUUGUGCUUCUACGUUGAAUGAUUUGUUGCCGACUAUUGUUGGUUGGCUGAUUCCACUGUCAGAGGGUACUGAUGUUCUGGCAGUACGGAGCUUGAAACUCAUGAAGCUGCUUCUUCUAGAUAACAGCACUCAUUUAAAAGAAGCUGUUGGGAAACUGCCUCCAUUCCCUGACACUGAUAAAUUUCAGGAAAUAAAUAGUCUUCAUUGCCAACUGAAAUAUCAGGGUAGCAGCUUUACACUUGAAGAAGAGAUUCGUCAUUUUUUAAGUUCUGCAGGCAGCACUAGUAUUUUAGCUAGUCAGGACACCAUGUUUGAUGCACUUGUUUUCCUACGGAAAAAGUUAUAUGAAAUGAAGACAGAGCUAGCUGAUUUGUAUCAAGGUUUGGUACACAUCCGUGGUUUCUCAAGUGAUUGCCAAAAAAGCAUUUUACACCAGUUAAUUUGCAAACUUAUUAACCUAACAUCUUCAACAAAUUUAAAGGUCCAGAUAGAGGCAUCACGCUGUUUAGGUGAGAUUGGGCCAGCGGACCUAACUACAACUGUCUUGAGACCAGUGGAAGGAUGUUUAAAGUUAGUGGAGGGCUACAGAGACCCAAUGCUAUGUGUGAUGGUUGUGGCUGCUCACUUAGCGUCUGAAUAUUUGCUUGACCAUGAUGUUAAUGUUGUUAAAAAAGCAAGCUGUGUGCUUGAAAGUCUUAUGCUUUGUGAAGGUUCUGACAAUUUCCACAGUACUACUGAGAGGCCAAUAACUAAUUGUUUAAGAUCAAAGAAGAUUUCACCAUUUAUUCCUGAACAAAGCACCAAACUUACUUCAAAGCCAAAGAUGUCAGACAGGGACAGCCUGAUCAACAUGAUAUCUUCUGAAGAAAUUUGGUUUCCACCUGAAGAUACCAAACAUAAUGACUGGAUCACAAAUCUUGUGUCUUCUUUAAUUGCAUGCCUUUCUGAUGACAUAAUUUUUAAAAAUCUUGCUGCUCUAUGCAAAGUGAAGAGCUCUUUUGGCGAGGAAAUGCUUCCAGUACUGUUUUAUUUGGGCCUGAGGUAUUCGGCAAAUAUCUGUCAGAGGCUGUCCCUUCGCCUUAGUCAAUUUUUUCAGAAACAUACAACAGCUUAUUCAAACUCACAAACACCAAACCUAUCUGCAACUACCACAAACAUAUUUCUGGACAGAGCCUCAGUUCAGUGCAUGCUGAAUGUGGUGAAUUAUGUGCGUCUUAAGAAAUGUGACAAAUAUGAGAAUGAUGAGGCAAUAUGUUUGGACGUGAAUUAUCUGCAUGUAGCAUCUGCUGCUCAAUUCUGUUCCGCCUACCUUUCAUCCAUUAUGUACAUGGAGUUGUGGUGUAAUACUGAAGACAGACAUGCUGAUUUUGAUGGUUCAUCUGUUGCUUAUGUUGACUACCUUUAUGAAAUUAAAGAAGAUGAGGGGAAAAUUUUACAAAGUCUUCUUUCAAAGGCCUAUCAGCAAAUUGGUGACACAGAUGCUUUGUAUGGUUGUGGUUCAUCAAUGCUUCUUAAUUCUGAACAUCGAGUUUCUCAAUUUGAAUACAUAGGAAAGUGGGAUAAAGCCCUUCUGAAUUAUGAUGCUAAGCUGCUGCAUUCAAAAGAUGGCAGAGAAAUUAAUGGACUUGUGAAUGCUCUGAAACACAGUGGCCUUGUUCAUUUGUUAAAUACCUUUGUUAGCUCUCUGCCACCCAACUCAAAUGAGCAGGUUCUUUCUGCCCAAGUGGAAUGCAUGUGGCGAUUAGGAGAGUGGGGAAAGCCCUUGCCCCCGGCAUCUAAGGCUUUAGGAUUUGAAUGGAAUCAGUAUUCUGCUCUUCAAGCAAUUCGUGAUGGAAACAAAUCCAUUGUAAAUGAGUGUGUUAAAGAAGGCAGACUCAGUGUCUUGAAAGAUUUGGCUUAUUCCAGCUUAGAAAUUUGCAAGAAUAUAUACAAACCUUUGGCACAACUGCAAGCCCUCCAGGAAAUAGAGGAUUUUAUUUUAGAAGAUGACACCCAGAAAAUAGUAGACAAGUGGAAAAACCAAGGCAGUUUGCCGUUCAACGACAUAUACUUAUUGGAACCUAUUUUAGCACAGAGAGCUAAGCUUAUGGAAAACCUGAUUUUUCAGAAAAAUGUUGAAGAAAAUCCUUCUCAAAAUACAAAUUAUUUAGAGAAAAAACUGACCCAACAUUACCUUGACACAGCAGUAUUAGCUCGGAAAAAAGAACAAGUUCAAAUUGCUGAGCAAUGGUUGCAUUGUCUGUCCAUAAUGCCACAUCUCAAUGAUGAAAAUAAGAGACGAAUAUGUCUUGAGGAAGCUCAGCUGGCUUGGGACUCAUGCAAAGGAUCAAAUGACGUAGGAACAACUUCUGUUGCACGUCAACUCCUUGGAUCUCUCUUGAAAGACUUAAAAGCAACAGAAAAAGGAUCGACAACAAUUUCGCCUCUUCUACCAGAAGCAUACAUUCUUUAUGGAAGAUGGAUGGCUGAAGCACGGUCGGAGAAUCCCCAACAAAUUAUUGAAGAUUACUUACAAGAAGCCCUUAAACUUUUAGAGAAAAUUCCAGCACAUCUCCGUGUCAACGAACAUUUGUUUCAAGCCCACUGUUGUCUUGCUCACUUUGCUGAUCUUGAGUAUCAGAGGAUAACUGCCUACAUCAAGUCCGAGUUGUUUCAAAGUAAGGUCGAAUGUAUGGAAAAACUGACAGGUGAAGCAAAUCAAAUAAACCAGCAAGCCAAAGAGGGCACUGAAGAACAGCAGAGGGCAGUCAGACUUACCAUAAUGUGUUCCAAAUUGGAUAGAGAGGAAAUCAAAAACACAUAUGAUGAACAAAAUCAAUUUAUUGAACUAGCCUUAAGACACUACCUCAAAAGCAUGAAUCUUGGACAUGGUGACAAUCUUCCUGUGUUCAGGCUGGUGUCAUUGUGGCUGGAGAAUGCUGAUCAUGAUGCUGUGAAUAAUUUAGUCAGCUCUUCUUUAGAGGAAAUACAGACUUAUAAAUUUAUUGUGCUGCUACCCCAACUUGCUGCCCGGAUAGGGGACAAUCUGAAGGACACACUCUCUAAAGCAAUCUUCAAGCUAUUAACUCGUUGCUGCCGUGACCAUCCUCAUCAUGCUCUUCCACACAUUCUUGCCCUGGCAAAUUCAUAUGAAGAUUUUGAGGGGAAAGUGAAGCCAAAUCCUGAAGCACGAGUUUUAGGUGCUUCUUUAAUGCUGUCUGAGUUGAGAAGGAAUGAAAGAGUAAAUGACAUUGUUACUGAGAUGGACAAACUUGCUAAAGCCCUGAUUAGUUUGGCGUAUGCAGCGAUCCCUGCUCAUAAUGCAAAAGUUUAUAAAAUUCAGAAUUCUGAAAAAAUCCGAAAAAUUCAGAAUUUACAGCAUGCAAUGCUUCCCACUAUUUCUCUACCAGUCCAGUCUGAUGCAAAAUAUGACAACAUAAUAAGGAUUCUUGAUUUUGCCACCAGCUAUGAGAUAGCAGGAGGUAUUAAUAGGCCUAAAAAGAUCAUGUGCAGAGGUACUGAUGGAAUUAAAAGACCACUUUUGGUGAAGGGGAGAGAUGACUUACGGCAAGAUGCAGUGAUGCAACAAGUAUUCAACAUAAUGAACACUUUGCUUCAAGAUUGCCAAGAAACCAAACGCCGGAGACUGCUGAUUCGUACAUAUAAGAUUGUACCUUUGUCUCAAAGAUGUGGUGUUCUGGAGUGGUGCCAGAAUACUGCCCCUUUUCAGGAAGUUCUACGGUCGGUUCAUUCAAGAUACAAUGCUCAAGAUUGGAAAGAUGUAGUCUGCAUGAAAAAGAUAGAAAAUGCCAGAAAUAAGUCAAACACAGAACGCCUUAAUGUGUUCAAAGAAAUCUGUAGAAACUUUCAUCCUGCAUUCAGAUUUUUCUUCACAGAGAAGUUUCCGACUCCAGCAGAAUGGUUUGACCGCAGAUUAGCUUAUGUGCACAGUGUUGCUACCAAUUCUAUGGUAGGCUACAUUUUGGGCUUGGGUGAUAGACAUGUUUCAAACAUUCUUAUUGAUAAUAGCACAGCUGAGAUGAUUCAUAUUGAUUUUGGCAUUGCUUUUGACCAAGGUAAAGUUCUCCCAACUCCAGAAACAGUUCCAUUCCGAUUGACAAGGGAUGUUGUUGAUGGCAUGGGUUUGUCAGGUGUCGAAGGUGUUUUUCGAAGGUCUUGUGAAAAGACAAUGGCUGUUUUAAGACGUAAUCAAGAAAAAAUCCUGACAAUUCUUGAGGUCCUUCUAUAUGAUCCUCUGUAUGCAUGGUCACUUACACCAAAAAUGGCUGCUAAACGUCAAAAAGGCAAGAGCAACAGCAGCGAUGCAUCCGUAUCAUCUGUAGAUUCUGAAGGAAAAGUUUCCAACACAGAGAAGAACAAAAUGGCUGAACGAGUUUUGUGUAGACUUAAGGAAAAGCUCUUAGGAACAGAGGAUGGGCCAGCAUCCAGCAUCGAGGGACAGGUUAAUCGUCUGAUCCAGCAAGCUAGAGAUGUGGCUAACCUUUCACGUCUUUUCAAAGGAUGGCAAGCAUACUUUUAAAAAGACAAUCUGUGAUAUUCUUUUUAGAUGUUUUGUCAAAUGGUGGAAAUAAUAACGAUCACUAGCACCGAAAACAAAGUAAUGGGGAUGUGAAGUGAUCAUUUUUUGUGCUCUCUUGUUUGAAGUUUGCCUCUCUGGAGGCGUUUCAGGGAAUGUAUAAGUGUCUAACCAGAACUUUACUAUCCUGUAAUUUUUUGAAACGUAUUAUUUCUCAAAAUAAAUGGCAUUGGUAUCAAAUA